UUCAGCCUCCCAAGCCACGUGCAUUGCUACGCUGCCAAUUGCAAUGCAACAUGUUCGGGUUGAGCCUGCCUCAAGCAGAUCUAUUGCCUCCGUAAGUCACUCCUACGACAACUCGGGUGAAGAACCGAGUGGUACACCGCAUGAGUAAUGCUAUGUUUGCGCUAAUUGUGGGUAGUGGGUCUAGGAAUCAAUAUUUACCCUACCUAGAAUUAACAUGGUGGCGCAUAGUGAUGGGAAGAUUUAAGGUCGGGCGUGGUCCCCUUUCAUCAGGCCUAUCAAACAAACUGUUGCUCAGCAACUCCUCUUCGUUUCUUACUCUCGCUCUAGGCGCAUAACGCGUCACUUCUUAAAGAGCCAACUCCUAUCCCUCGUUUCUGGAGUUGUCGCCAUGAAGACCCUUGUUACCCUUACGGCAAGCGCGCUCCUCGCAAGCAUUGCUUUUGCUGCGACAGUCUCCCCGGAUGGCACGUGCGGGGGAGCGAACGGCUACACAUGUUUGAACAGUGCCUUUGGCAACUGUUGUUCUCAGUACGGAUGGUGUGGCUCAACGACAGGCCAUUGUGGAACUGGCUGUAAUCCUGCCUUUGGAACCUGUACCAACAAUCCUCCUCCUUCUUCGACCGUUCGUUCUUCUUCCACACCACAACCGACGCCAACUAAGAGGGUCUCCACCGAUGGUAGCUGCGCAGGUACAAAUGGCUACACUUGCUUGGGAAGCACUUUUGGAAACUGUUGUUCCCAAUGGGGCUGGUGCGGGUCGACCGUCGACCACUGUGGAACUGGGUGCAAUUCGGCCUUUGGAAGCUGCACCGGCAACGGGGGCACUACGACAUCCACCACUUCUACGUCUCCUACCCCUACACCAUCUGGGUCAGUCUUGCAAUGUCUGAACACCAGGAAUGUGCCUUAUAAGAUGACUUCCGAUGCCGGUUGGGCCGAUCUGAUCGAGCCUUACAAUCUCCGCCUACCCCAUACACCUGCCGUUGUCGUUCUACCUUCUACCAAUCAGCAUGUUCAGGACGCAGUGGUCUGCGCCAAACAAGCUGGAAUCAAAGUUCAGGCCAAGGGAGGAGGUCACUCAUAUGCCAACUUUGCUUCUGGCGGCAAGGAUGGAUCCAUGAUGAUCGUCCUCGAGGCCUUCAAUGGUAUCCAAUUGGAUGCCAGCGGCGUUGUCAAAGUAGGAGGUGGUGUGCGGCUCGGUAACCUUGCCGAUGGUAUCUGGACUCAAGGUCAGAAGGCACUCUCGCACGGCACAUGUCCCGGCGUUGGCAUCGGCGGCCACGCUACGCACGGUGGAUAUGGCCAUACAUCUCGUAACUGGGGUUUGGCGAUGGAUGCCAUCGUGAAGGUCGACGUUGUUCUCGCCAACGGGACACUUGUGACGGCGUCGUCGACACAGAACUCUGAGAUAUUCUGGGGCAUUCGCGGCGCGGCAGAUUCCCUGGGUAUCGUCACCAGCUUUUACCUUCAGACUCGCAGCGCGCCCUCUAGCAUCACCUACUUCGAGAUACAAUUCGAUGGGAUCUUCAACUCCAAGGCUACGUUUACGAAUACUCUGCUCCAUCUGCAGGACUUUGCCCGCAACGCCUCAGUCGUCGACAACCGCAUCUCCUUCGGUAUUUAUAUGGACGGAUACGGCUCCUUCGCUCCCAGCGGCGCCUUCUUUGGCAGCGUUUCCGAGUUCAAUACUAAGAUAAGACCCGAAUUCCUUCGCGGCCUCCCCACGCCCACGAAUGUCAUUGUCCAGUCAUACUCCUGGUACGACUACCUCGUCAAAGUUUCGGGCAAGAACACAAUCAAAGUUCCCCUAACCGGUUACGACGAGCACGAGAACUUCUUCGCUAAGUCGAUCACGGUUCCCGAAUCCGAUGGCCUCACCGCCACCUCGCUUAACUCACUGUACGAUUAUAUCAAACGAGGCACCUCGGUCGACUACUUCAUCAUCAUCAACCUCUACGGUGGACCCGGUUCAGCUAUCAACUCCAAAGAUACUAACUUCGCUGCCUACAGUGACCGCCAUAGUCUUUGGGUUAUGCAGAACUAUGGCUUCACUGCCAACUCGAUCACUUGGAUCAAUGGAUUGAAUGAUGCGGUUGUGAAAGCGCAGCCGCAAACGCAAUUCGGUGCUUAUUUGAACUACGUGGAUCCCAGCUUGGAUGCUGCUACUGCACACAAGGUGUAUUAUGGAGAUGCGGUGUACGCGAGGUUGUUGGCGCUCAAGAAGUCGAUUGACCCGCAGAGUGUGUUUUGGAAUCCUCAAGCUAUCGGAGCUUGAGUUAGGAUGAGGGGUAACAGAAUAUGUAUGACCUGCAAGAAGCGAAAGAACUUCUAAUAUAAUGUCUUUUAUCAUGUAUGCCAAUGAUAAUCGGCAUCUGCGAUCUUUACCUAGAGUAAUUGGAGGAUCAGGUGGGAUAACAUGUCUCUAAUUCCUGCAAUGCAGGCUCAGUAUCCAGAACCGAAAGUCAUAAUGUGCCCAAGCUUGCUAAUGAGUUUGUAGCCUUUUGUGUCUUUCGGACUGGGUAUCACUCCGAACACGGUAAACCAAGAGUUUGCCGUAGAUGAAAAUUGAAGUCGCGCUGGGGG